AUGCAUCUCGGCCCAUUGUCUCUCCCUCUCUUCCUCCACACUCUCUUCCUCACGUUCCCCCUCACUCUCCCCUCUCUCCAUCUCCUCAUCCUCAUCUCUCACACUCCCCUCCUCUUCCCCAUCCCUCAGACUCUCCCACUGCCUCUCCCUCUCCUCUUCUUCACCCCUAGACCCCUCACUCCCCCUCUCACUUCCCUCCUCACUCCUCCUCUUACUUCCCUCCUCACUCCCCCUCUCAUCCUCGUACCUACCCUCUCUCUCCCCCACCAGCCCAUCCCACCCUUCCCUCCUCCCACUCCCCAAAAACUCUCGCCUCCAACUCCCCUACGGCGACAACUCAGGCGUCAAAACCCCUUCCCUCUCCCCCUUGUCUUUCCAGCUCCCUUGUGUCCAAACCCCCUCCCCCUCUUCCUCCCUCUCCCUCUCCCUCUCCCUCUCUGCCUCUUCUCCCCAGUCCCCGCUUCCCUUGGGGGUAAUCUCCCCUUCACCCCUCCAAACCGGGUCCGCCCUUUCCUCUAUCUCUCGCGCCUCUCUCGCGGCCAGCGCUAUGCGCUUGCGGAAUGCUCGCUCCCCAUCACACGCUGUCUUCUCCCCUGUUCUUCACCCUCAUCCCCUGUCACUUACACUUUCAUCCCCUCCGCGCAGCGCCUGGCGGUGCUGUUCAUGUGCAUUCUGAGCCACGUGCGGCGGGGCAACCCCAACUUCAACAGGAACCUGGUGGAGUCGCUCUACUGCAACUAG